AAGCCAAGCGUCCAACACCUGCUCAUCAAGAAAUCUCACUCAUCCACUGUGAUUUUUUCUUCCCUCAUUAAUUUCACUCCGUAUUUUCUCGUGAUUAUUAUUUGUAUUGACCAUGGCGACAAGGUUGGCUGUUAGAUAUGUUUCUAGAAGGUUCUCAAGUGGUGGCAGGAUGCUUAGUGAGGAGGAAAAAGCUGCUGAAAAUAUUUACAUUAAGAAAAUUGAGCAAGAGAAACUGGAGAAGCUUGCUCGCAAGGGACCUAAACCAGAAGAGAAGGCUGCCUCAGGUCCCGCAACUGAUGUGAAGCCUAGUGCAUCGGCUUCUUCGACAGCAGGGGCGUCAGCUGAGAAGGUUUCUUCUGACAAGUUCCGGAACUAUGCGGUCGUAGCUGGUACAGUUACAGUGUUUGGUGCUCUGGGAUGGUAUCUAAAUUCUCGUGGAAAGAAAACCGAACAGGUCCAAGAUUAAGGUUAACGUGGUCGACUGUGAAGAGAUGUCAGCUGGUUUUUACUACCAAACUUUUUCUUGUGGUAGUAAUUAGCAAUAAAAAGGAAUUUUUCAUGCAUUUACCUAAUGUUGUUUUGUUUCGCUAUAUCUUUACUUGUCAUUAAUCUUCUCCUCAGUUCUGCACUUGCUAAUGGCAUAUAGAGGAUGCCCUCUUAUUCUUUAUCUGCAAUGAGAGAGGUAUUUGCUUGA